AUGGUUGCAAGACGGGGUGAGUGAGAAAACCUCUGACAAACACACACACACACACACACACACACACAGUCCUUCUCUGUCUUUUAUGCUCUGUCUCUCAACCUCCAGCUAAGAACAAAUGUCUUUACUGAUCUUUCGGGACAUUUCUUUCACAUUGUGGCUGAUGACUGACAGUUGCUCUUCUUUAUUAACUCUCAGCAGAUGUUAUACUGCCUCUGUUCUAUAUUAACUUGAAGGUUUUGUGCUGCAGUUUACAGAGAGUGUGCAUAUAAUUCUGGUCUCAGGACACUGCGGCAGUACUGAAAUCAACCUCUGUUUGUUUUUCUUUGAUUUGCAAGUAAAGCAUACUCCCAGCAAGCGCAGCGUGGAUUUGUUUCAUUUUGAGGUGUACGUGUCUUAAGAGACGAAGACGUCAGGUUUAUGUGAGGUGUAGGUGUGUUUACCAAAAACCAAAUCCCCAGGAGGAGCAUCAAAGCGCUGCUGUCCUCAUAAGGUCAUUGUGCACUCAACAGUGUUUAAUAGGAUGUGUUUUCUGCCCUGGGUUGUCUCUGCAGGACACCACUAAAGCAGUGGGACAAACAUCAACUGGCAGCAUUUGUGAUGCUGGACAGGAAGGUGAAGCGAAGCACUGAUGGCAAGCAAGGGCAGAGAAGUUUAACAGACAACAUUAACUAAGACGCCUUGUCAGAAAUAAGGAUUAUUGCUAAUGAGUCUUACACGUACAAAGAAUUUUAACUUAAUGCAUAAAAGUUGCAGAAAAUACAAGGAAUCUGACUUAAGUUAAUUGUUUUUUAAAAAAGUAAAAGCCUGUAUAUCAAAAAUUUCCAAGAGGGGAAAAACUGUUUGAUUCAUUUUGAGGCUAGAUCAAACUCACACUCUCUCUCUCGAGGGGUUUGUGCCAUUUUCUGUUCACAACAGCAAAAGAUAUGAAGAAAUCUUUCCUGCUUGUCCGAGUGCACAGACCCUGGCAUAACGGUAGAUUAUCUUGUUGUCAGAACAAGUGAUAUGUGACAUUUUGCACUUGUUUUUGCACACGGCUGUGGCAUACCAGAUGGGGAUGUCCAGGUCAACAGUUUAGAAGAGCAUCUUUAUUGACUGUAGCAGACUGAACCCCUUCACCCGCCGCAGAGAGAACAUCCUCUGCUGUGCCCACUUGUCAAGGGCGUUUAUGUUGAGCUCACACUGCAGGUUUUGGGUGAUAGCCAUGCUCAAAAGUAGGGGUGGGAGAAAAAAAUCGACAAAGCAUAGUAUCGCGAUAUUUUGUCUGGUGACAUAUCAUUUACUAAGUAUCGAUUUUUCAAAUUAAUUGCUAAUUUGAAGUAAAAUCUAUGAUAAUGGAAGAACAAAAUCAACUGUUUGUCCAGUGAGGUUUUCAGAGGUCACAUUAUAGAGCAAAAGAAAGUUAGUACAACAAAAAUAUAUUAAAGAUCUGUAAGAUGUGCUACAUGAAAAUAAAAUACUGCGUAAAUAAGACAAACAUAAAGGAAAGACAAAUGCUGAUUUAGUUCAACAGUUGAAAAAAUUGUAUAAAUCGCAAUAUAUUGUAUCGCAAUACUCGCUGUAUUGCAAAAUGUUAAAAAUCGCCUAUCCAAAAGUGGAGGGGCCUUGAUAGGCGAAAAAAGCUGUGCGUUAUUGUUUCCAUUUCAAACAGUUCAGCGUUUCCCAGCUUUGCAGCACUGUUUCAGCAGCAAAGAAUUUUUUUUUCCGCCUUAGCCCUUUGUGAGAUUCAAAGACAGAUAAAUAUCAGUCUGAUCCCAUUCUCUACACUGCAUGCCCCAAGCAGGAUAAAUCAAGUGCAAGAACUUCAAGAAUGGACACAAUGAUUCAUGCCCCUUUCCUCCAGAGGCAGAACCAGUUGAUGCCAAUUAAUACCAGCCAAAAGGCAAAGCCAAUCCUUGAACUACCUUUAGUUUUGUUUGAGCAGACUAUCAGUUGUCCGUCUGAAUAUUCAAGCCGACAACUUUCCAGCCGUUUCAGCAAACAACCCCAUGACUUAUAGACAACAUUCAGGGAGGCGCUGACUUAAAUAAGAAACUGUUUCUGUUGUUCAUCUACCAGUUUUACUUACUUACUGACUUGGUUAAAACUUUGUGAAUACCAAAACGUAUAUCCAGCUCUGUAGCGAGAAACAACUUGCAGUAUCCUCUUAUGUAUCAUGUCUGCAGAAAAAGGUCAGAUAACUUAUUUUUCAUAAGGAUAAGGAUACUUGUCAUGUCCCUGUCAUUCAGAUUAUACCAAUCAUUCACCUUAUGAUAGCAGUGCUGUUGUCCUCUCUUUAAAGAAACCUAAAAACAGCCAUGAAAUUGAUGGGAAAAGUAAACCUAGCAAUUGUUUUGGCAGCAGAUGUUACCUCCCCUAAAUUGGGGAGUCACAGCAGGUGAUGGGGGCAUAUGGGGCUUGGCUCUUCCUUAAAUUGGGAUCUUUCUUCACUGUCUUGGGAUGGUUGAGCUCAAAGUUGUUUUGUCUGCACCCAGUCACCAGAUGGUGAAUCCCUUGCCAGUAGCUAGACCUCAUCCUCAUGAAAGAUGAACCCAGUGAGGGUAAUGUUGUCUUCAGACUUCAGGGGCUUGACACACUGAUGGUCGUGGGUGCAGAUGUUUGUUUAUUUUAGAAAAAAAAAAAGGCAAAGAGGGAAAAAUGCCGGAUCAAGGGGUUUUACUGUUAACUGUCCAAGACUCUAAGACUUUUCGCUAAAGCUUUACAUGCCUCUUCUUGUCAGACUGGAGAUCUGUGAUCCACCUGUAGGUGGAGUCAAGCACAUUGAACUGACAGAGCUGCUUGCAGCAGAGCCAGGAUGGUGGUGUUGCAUAUACAGCUUAAGCCCACAAACAGGAUCCUGGCUUAGGUUCCUAAAAAGCCCAGGUGCUGGAGGAUGAGUUGGAGUGUUGUGUUGAUUGCAUUGCUUCAGGUCAACACCAUGACUCAGUGAUUGCUUUGAUUUACAGGGCAAGGUGCUUAAAUGACAUGAUCACCUCAGAGGUCAGGGCAACAAGCCUGCAGUCAUUAGGCCCUGGAGUCCAUGUUUUGAGGUCGCUCUCCACAAAAGAAAGAUUUUGUCUGUUCCCGGGAUUCAAAGUUUUUAAAUCAGUAGAGAAUUUGCAAUUUGGUUUCCAUCUCAUACAGUGACCAUUUUAAGGACAAAAGAAUAAAUUUAGGGACAAAAGUAUGGCAAGACAUUCAACUUCUUGUGCCUGCAGAGAUGAAGGGUAAGACUUUUUGCAAGUGAAAUUACUCAAAGAUAUUUCAUGAAAAAUUAUGUGAAAAACAAAAUAAUAAUUUGAGAAGCUGCAUUCAGAGAAUAGACGAAAAAAUCAAUAAUUUUUCAGCAACUUCUAAUCUACUGAGAUUCAAUUUGGUUAUCUGUCUUGCUGGUUAACACAACUAGGUCUAUACCCUGAAGGCCGCUUUGUCAUUGGCUUUAUAUGGUGAAACAGGGAAACUCCAGUUAUUGGAUGCUUAAAUGCUCUCUGCACUGAGGAUGCCUGUCAAGUUGGCUGAAGUUGAGAGGUACAACAUCCUCAGGACUCUUCUGCAAAGUGACUGAUACAAUCAGGGCAAAAACCAAAAGCUUUUAAACCACCAUUCAAGUUAACAGCUGGUUUUACUCAACAGAGUCCAGUCGUUAUAACCAGUUUAACCAAAACACAACCUACAUACAACUUUAUCUUCACUCUCUAGAUCAAAAUAUUGCCCCACGCUAUGACAUACCUUCUGACAUCUGUGCUUGAGCAGUUCGACAUGAAGGCAGUGUACAUUGGCUGGAGUGACAGCCCCAGCUAGUGGGGGUUGGCCAUAAUAACAAGUGUCUUAGCGCUACAAUAAUAAUAAAGAAAAUGUUCAACCAACUCGAGCAAGGGUGACAUUAUUUAAUGGUUCAGUUGACUGAACAUGUGUACUAGUUGAUCUCAGCCACAAACAGCAAAUUUUAUUUACAGGAUAUCCCAAUGAAUUAAAAGACACGAAAUCAUCUGAUGCAAAGCUUUUCAAUAGAUACACAGAUGAUACAGGUAUCAUUAAUAGUUCAUUAUGAUAGACACACCAAAGUAUGGAUGUUCCACAGUAACUGAUUUCCUAAUUGUUUAUAAAUUCAAACAAAUGACGAGCCUAAAGACAAGAAAAAACCCAGAAAAAAGUCAAAAUAAAGCAUGAUCUGUUUACCCCAACUCAAACUGGGUCACAGACUCUGCAGGUGAACAUUGUUGAGUUGGUUUGGCAAGUGUGGUGAUGUUUAUAUCGCCAGUAACACCAGUGUUUGGUCCGUUUUACAGCCUCACUUCUCCAGUACACUUCAUAGUUGGUUUUGUAUUAUUGUGUUGUAUUUUGUAUUGCAAAAAACCUCGUGAUUACUUUGCACUAAAAUAAAUACGACUGCAAAGCAUGAGGGCUUGGCGCGUGUUUGAGAUGUGUUACUUAAGGUCAGCUAUUUAUGUCUGAUUGCAGGUUAGAUCCAGCUUUAUUCAAGCUCCAUGUGGAAUGAGAGGUUUCAGGAUUUCUCUUCACCACGAGGGCAACAUUUCAUAUAACAGACUUUUAUCAUGCAUUUCUUUAAGUACAGCAUCUGUAGGUUAAAUGUCUUUUUUUCUGUCUCUCCCAUUCAUCCAUCCCGUUUUCCCCCCUCUCAUCAUUCUGCAACUACGCACCCACUCAAUACCCCAUAACCCUCCUCUCCUCUUCAUUAUUUCCUUGGCUUUGUAAGACCCCCUGGUGAAUCCUGGCAUCACACUCCCAUUUCAAAGGAAUGAAAAUGCAGCGCUGGUCUGUGCCAUCAGUUUGCUCUGUUCCCCCUUUCAUCUGCCUGGACAUAUUAAGACGAGAAAUCUGAAGCUCUGCAGCGGCUCCCACAUGAAUCAGUCUGAGCCCCCCAGUGGGAACGUGUGCUGGUCAUUUCAGGUCCCGUUUCAGACGAGGACAGAGAGAGGACGGAGAUUAAGUUAGAGCAAGUCCGAGUGGCAAGAGGUAGUGACAGAGAGACAACUUAAAGAGAGACUGAAGGGGAAAGAGGUCAUGUGGCUUAUUUUUCGGGGACACAACAGUUUGUUACUUUGGAGUCCUUGUUUUCAAAGGACACCGAGUGCCUUAAUUAAGCAGCUUUGAUCUUCUACCAACAAGUAUAAAGGAGGGAGAGGGUGAAUCCAGGCAUAACACACAGCAGCUGCAGAAACACUAAAAUGUCUCUGAAAUCAUAUAAAAACUUUAAACUCUAAACUGGAGCUAUCCACUGAACACUGGUAUCAGAUGAUAUUUUCCAUUUACAGACAUCAAUCAUUGACUAAUUGUGUGCUAUGCAUCAAUUUAAAGGUGGCAUGGUUCUACUGAGCUGCUGACUAAGACCAAAGUUUGUUUUUUCCAUAAGUACAAGAAGUCACCUGUUAGACAAAGGCGAUAGUGAAAGAAAUUGUCUGCAGUGAGAGUUUUACACGAUAUGAAAAAGUUGAGUGACAUGCAGUUUAUAAAAAGUUUUAGCGCCAUUGUAAGAGAAACUUAAAUGAAGGACUGCAGUAAUGGUAAUGUUGUUUUUAUUGGCCGCACGGUAUGAUAUUAUCACGAUACUUGAGCCACUUUAUGAUAUUAUUGCGAUUUUUAACAUUUUGCAAUACAGUGAGUAUUUCGAUACAAUAUAUUGCGAUUAUUACAAUUUUUUCAACUGUUUAGCUAAUUUAGCAUUUGUCUUUCCUUUAUGUUUGUCUUAUUUACGCUGUGUUUUAUUUUCAUGUAACACAUUUUGCAUACCUUUACAUAUAUUUGUGGCACUAACUUUCUCCUGCUCCAUGAUGCCACCUCUGCCAACCUCACUGGACAGACAAUUGAUUAUUAUAGAUUGGACUUCACAUUAGCAACUAAUUUGAAAAAUCAAUACUUGGUAAAUAAGAUGAUACGAUAUAUCACAAGACAAAACAUUGCGAUACUAUUUUUUCUCCCACCCCUAUCUAAUAUGGUUGUUAUGGUGCUAUUUCUAUGAAACAUGGUUGUGUAUUUUGAUGCAUAACUAGUCAGUCACUGUCUGGAGACACAUUUUACAUCUAAUAUCUUCUGCCAAUUAGACAUCAAUAAAUAUUUAGCUAAGCAAAUACACGUGCGCUUUUUAAAUACAACACAAACCUAAUGUAAAACUACGAUUGCUCCCUUCAUGGUGAAGAUCAGGAACAAACACAGCAGAAAUUCUUCCAAAUACAAAAAUGAGAACAUCAUGGUUUAAGACCCUAAGGAACAAUCUAGCACAUUUUUGUAAAUGCUAAUAAGAGAAAAGGGUGAGGUGUUUUGGAUCAGACCUCCAGCAAUAAAAAAGAGGUUAAGAGGACCCAGGUUUAGCCAAGGCUUUGAAAGCUGAGAUAACUGGGAAAGAAAUGAGCAGAGAGUCUACAAAAAGAUACUUGUCUGGGCAAGAGGAAAGGAAGCCAACAGCGCUCACAAGAACCAGAGAAAAUUAGCUGGGGGCCCUAAAGAAGAAAAGUAUCACUCAACACAUUUAAUUAGGGCAAUGCUUACUGGGGUGUGAAAUUAAGUUUUUUCCUCACCUGCCACUGUGGCUAGUGACUAAACAUUUCAACAGACCACUCAGAUGUUGUCAGCCACUUCAGAAACCAGUCAUUGUUGUUUUAAUAACUAUGCUGCAUGUUUUUGUCUUACAGUCCUUUUUUGAGGUUAUUUUAAAUCUGCACGUCUUCUAAGCUCUUCUAUGGUAAAGUACGUGGGAGUAUAUUUGGAUAUAACUUAAAAAAUGGUUCAAACAAAUGAUGCACAGGACAGUAAACUCUCGAACAUAAUAGAGAUAGACAAACUAAGUGUAAGCAGAUGGUUUAAAUAUUCAGAAGAACGGAAAAAAAGUCAAUUACGCCAUCUUUUUACUGCAGCCUGUUAGGACACCCAACCGGAGCAUGCCAGUUGUUUAUCCAAACAAUCCGACUCCUAAUAACUUAAUCUAAUGUAGAAAACAGAAAUAAUUAUUCACAUUUUCUUUAACCAGUUUAUUCAAACAAGGUUAAAAUUUUCUCUUUGUAUUGAUGGAAAACUAGGCAACAAAAGAGACACUCAAGGUCGUCUUAACUCUCUGUAUACCUAACUGGUUGUCCAGUCUGAGAGCAAAACAUCCCUGCUGAUGACAAAGUAAGAAGGGCUCAGACUGAAUCUUUCAGACCACUGUGUUCCCCACAAACUGGCUGCACUAUUGCCUCAUUUCAUGACUUUCAUUUUUUAAAGAGAGAUAUUAAUUUAAAGAAAAAAAACAGAGUUGCAGAAAACAGGGUUCACUGAUGACGGUCCAUAUUCGGAGGCUGAGCACUGUAUUUUACAGCAGCUAAAGUCAGAUUUACACCUGGAGUUUUGGGCUGAUUCCAAUAAUCUAAAAACUUAUCUGGAUUGAGAGAGGCGUAGCUUAUUGAGAAUGAAGAAUAAUUACCUGGAUGUGUUUGCUCAGGGUUUCUCCACCCUUAGCCUUAUUUUAAAGAUUAAAAAAAAACUAUCUCACUCACAUGGUCUUUUACAAAAUUUUCUUUUUCUGGUGUUUAAUAUGUAACUUCGACCCAAUAUUCAGCCAAAAAUUAUAGAUGUGCUUUAUGUUUGUUUCAAAGUUUUUAAAACUGCAGAUUGUUUCUCAUGCUAAACUUGCAAAACAUCCAUGAACCAGAUUUUAUCGUCUCGUAACUAAAUACUGAAUGACUUUUAUGUGGCACAGAGAAAUUUAAUAAGUCUAAGAAAUGUCAGUAAUUUGGGCUGUACUGAAACAAGAAAGUCAGGUGUAAUCAAAACUCGAUGAGCGGGAAGUACAAACAAGAAAUAACUCAUUUCAAACUGAGAUGGACUACACUUUGAGCUAGCUCACUUUUAAUUGGAACUUGCAUGACAGUGCAUAACAGCUUACUUGCAGGACAUCUUUCUGUUUCAGUUUUUGAGACAACUAAACCAUUUUCCUUUUUUUUAUAUACGUUAUACGGAAAUGUCCCUGAGUUUGUUUUUCCAUAAGACCCACACAGAAAGGUUACUGACUUGCAGGCCUGUAUUUUACGGACUUAAAGAGUGUGUAGUAUCUUUCAAACCAGACUUCCCUCCACAGCAUAUCUUAAGAGAGAGAGAGAGAGAAAAAAAAACCUUCUCCAUGCACGGAUUUUAGUCUGGUAAAAGCUGUUGUUGAUGCCCUCUGCCUCCUACACAGCACUGAGAAACUUUUUGUUCAAAUCAGCAUCCGACAGUCUGGUUACAUAAGAAGUCAUCCAAGUCUACUUUCAAUUUGUUAUUCCAUAUUUAAUGUGUUUGUGGGGGAGGUGAGAGGUUUUUUUAAAGAGUAAACACCUACCUACGUACCAGGCAAUGUGCUAGAGCAGCCUGAUAUGGGAAAAAAGAAAGAGCCAUAAGGAAAGAUGCAAACUCAGAGGUCUAAGCAGCAGACUAGUGAAAACUUUAGGCGCACUUGGAGCAUAUUUAAGGGCAAAUGGACACAGAUUUUACAAAAUUCGCCGUCAUCACGUUGACUUGGUUUGUUUUUCUGGGAAAUUAGUGUAUUUUGUUCUUUCAGUAAAGUUGUAGUCUAAAGAUUAUCACAACCAAGAAUAAAAGUCUUGGAUGAGAGCUGUUUUUGCAUUUUUAAAUUUUAAUUCUGCAUCUCCAACAAGCUCUUAGUGAAUUUUGUGUUUUAGCUCUGAUCUCAACAAGCAGUCAUAAAGGUUAAAACUCAUAAAACUCUAACCAUGGGGUUUACUUGUUUAAAGUCUAUUGAACCAGACGCACAGAGUUUGGUCAUACCCUGCGCAGUUAUCUCUGUAAUUAUGUUUAAUGUUCUUUGACCAUCUUUAGCCAUGCUUGAAGAGCAGUGAAUGCAGCUCGAUGUAGCUCGGAUGCCUAAUGCAAUUUCCACACCAGGACAAUAAAAGUAAUGACAAAAUAAGCUGGGUGAGUUAAUCUGUAGUGGAGUAGAAAAUAGAAAAACUUGGCUCGACCACAUUUACACCUGGGUUUUAACUGUUAUUUGAAUCUAGAUCCUUAGAGUGGUCCGACUGUGAUCCAGUCUGCCAGACGUCCAGAGGUGGUCUGGCUCGCACUGUGAUCAGACCUCAGCCCAGUGUAAUUGCCAGGUGUAAUUUAACACACUCGGUACAAUGUGUUUCUUACAUUUGUAACAUGGUCGGUACACAGGUCAUAAAUCUCACUUUAGUUUUAUUUUGCUUUUGAAAGAGUCAUGGCUGCAAAGACUGUUGUGGCAUCAAAUGACUCUUCAGAAAUUCUGUCGCCUGUUGAGAGAGAAGGAGUGAGGAUAGUUCUCAGGUGUGUUGUUUGUGCAUCCUGGCCACGUGAGCGAUCAGGAAAAUCCAAUUAUGUGCAUUUUUCGUGUAAUUUGCAGUGUGUGUUCCUUUUGAAAGACCCUGCUUAGCUAGAAGGAAGUCAGUUUUAUCUUGAGUGAAUAUUUAAUCAGAUGAAUUCCAGGAAAUGGUGUUUCUACAGGUCAAGAUGUUGGAAUAAAAGCAAAGUGAUAUAGCCAAAAUUGGAGUGGAGGUGUGUAAUCCCAUUUUCUUUCCAUGUUUGCCCCAUUAGAGAUUAUUUAUCUGCAGUGAAGUUUGGAUUGGUUUAUGCCAUGUGGAUAUUUGUGUAGCGCUCAAUAAUGGUGAUCAAUUAAAUACAGUAUUACUAUUUUUGGGAAAGCACUGAUCAAAGACCAUAUUCUCAUGCAGCCAUCUUUUUGUCAAAAAUGUAGCGGAUAACUGUCUUGAUGGGAAAACAAAUUAUCUUUUUACUUAGUUUUCAAAAAGUAGUUAAUAAAAAUAUAAACUGGGUAAGAGGAUUGAGCCGGGAGAACAACACGUACUAACUUUUCUGAACAGUGGGAUAUCUUAAGUCUGUCCAGCCAACUCUGUGACGUGCAAAGUUGUUCAUAAGGUAUUGUAGUUGCCUACCAUGUGGAUUAUAUGACCUCUGAUCAAACUCAGCUUUAUGGACAGAUGGUACAUAAACACUCCUUUUGCCCUCCAGUGUCGUACAUAAAGAACAUCUGGUCAUCAACCGGUUUGUUCUUCAAGACUUACACGGAGGAGGACUGAAAGUAAUCACUGAAGAGAAUCAGCAACACUGUGUACUGUGAUGUGUGGUUAUGGCCUUUUGUACUCAAGGGGGCUGGAAAAAAAAAGAUUAUUUUGUCUCUUUCUGGUGGCUUAUGAAGCUGCAGGGAAAAUCAAAUUUUGUGGAUUGUCAGUAUCAUCCUCUUUUUGUGGGACUUUUUUAUUCAGGAGUUUUGUGAAGACAUUAUGCAGCUUUGGCCAUGCGAAUUCAAGUCACUGGGAUUUAACACAAUGACGCAAUGCAGUAUUUUGGGUUUUUCCUACUCCUUCCGUUGCACGCGUUGCUACGGAAAUAAAGCCCCUUUUUUACAUCUAUGUCAUCAGUGCACUUUUCAUUAGGAGUCAGAUGGCCGGAUAGCUUUGUCUACUGUUUAUACAACGCAGGUGUGCGUCAAUGUGUGUUGUCUGCGUGCAUCUGUACACAUCUCUCCAUUUUCUGCAUCAGUCUGUCUCUCUCCAAAGCUCUCCUUCCCGGGCAGUGAAUUUUAAAUGACAUUCCUCUCACAUUUUUAGGCCUGAUACGAGUCCAACUUGACACAGUCACAUCUCAGAUCUUAGUUGUUGACGUGCUGUGAGCAGGCAGGAGGCGAUGGAGCAAAGCAGAAAGCGACGGAGAGACAGACUGUGCAGCGGCAGGACUUAGCUGUGUGAAUUUGCAUCCACCCAAAAAGUUCAGAUGAGGACAGAUUGAUACUCUCUCUGCCUUGAGAUUAGCUGCAGUUAUUUUGGAAGGCUGCAGACACAAGCAAAGGGGUAAAUUUCAACCAUACAAACUGAAUCCCAUCUCUAGUAAUAAAAAUAAUAAUUAUGUGAUGAACAUAUAAUCAAAAAUUUAAUCCUAGUCUCCUCUUUUUGUUCCUCUCUAAGACAUCAAGUCACAGUGUGCAAAGUACCAUAGGGGGACCUUUAGGGCGCAUAAGGCACCGGGGAACGAGCACAUAUGGAGGUACCCAUUAGAGGAGAACAAAAGGUCUAAAGAAGAAGGAAAAGUUCAGUUCAUACAGAGAAGCUCCCCCGUGGUAAUUCUGUUGACAUAUAAAUGGCCAAAAGGCUAUAGGCCUGGAGGAAGGAUGUUCUUAACAUAAUGAGAAGCAUGUAAGUGAGGAUAAUGAGAAGCAGAAUGUAUGUGGAGGGCUCCUACGUGACUUGCAUGUGUGACAGCCCACAUAGGAAUUGUUAACAGUUAAAACUUCAUCUCCUUCUACAGCUUGUCUUACUGAACUGUUUUAAUACCGUCAUAUUAACAGAGGAAGUUGUCCUUCUGCCUUGCGACCUAUGUCCAUUGUUUUGUCUUUUGCAUUCAGUGUUGUUUUCUUUCAGGCUGCUUUUAACUAUGCAGAGAGGCCCUCUUUCUGUAGCCUACAGUAAGGCCCUCUUCAAGGAUCUGUUAACCUCAAACAGCUUUCCCUUGCCAAAACAAGAACUUUUGAAUGUCAGCCCAAUGGCUUGCCCUUGGAAUAACCACUAGAAAGCCAAAAAAAAGAAUAAGAACCAAUAGUUCAUUUUCACCCCCAAAAAUAUUCUGCUCUUCAUAUGUGAGGAGUAUGCAUAAUUGGCAAAUGUAAACCGCAGCAAAGAGUACUGUGUGAAUGCACAUUGAAUCCUUUAUACCAGGAGUUACAUGCUGUCAAAUGAGAGGAUGAACAAAUAAAGAAGUGUGCAAAUUCAUUUGCAACAGCCAGCGUGAGCCAAGAAUACACUGACCUACUUGAUAGAAAAGUUUACAGAGACAUUUGGUACAAAAACAGCUGAAUGAGCAUCUAUUUUUUUUACAUUUAAAGUUCAAGGGUGAACUUUGAGAAUAACUUACAGUAAAUUUCAAAGGACUAAAUCAUGACUAAUCCUUUUUACAGUCAGGGGGAAGUUGUCUUCUCAGAAGACAGCGAGGUUUUCUUAAAAAGGGGGCAUGCGUUUGUGAUUUGGGAUUGCAUCAGCUAUGUCUCGACUUACAAUAAAGGAGUGAUGAAUUUCCAGUUGAGGCUUAGGGGCUAGACAUGGUCCUUUUCCUGGAAGAAUCAUGGAUAACACAGUGACUCAGAUCAGCUGAAACAACACUGGUCCUGGUGUGAUGCACCGGAUGUUUUACUGCCAAGUAUACUUGAAAAUACUUGUUCAGAUUUAUUUCUUCAGCUGUGGAUAAUCUGAAAUGUGAUCUAAUUUCCAGGGUUUAUAAUUAUCUGAGAAGUGGUUAAGAAGCUCUGAAAAUAUAACCUUAACAACCUUUGACACUUUCUAAACACAAAUUUAAGUUUACAUCACGAAUCAUUUCUUUGUGUUAACUGAUAGCAAAGGUCUGUUCAUUUUAGUCCUGGGAGCAGGAAAGAGACCAAUGAAUGAAGGAGUAGGAGGUUAUUAGGGCUGGGAUGAUAUGAUUUUCUCCCGAUUCAAUUCUUCUACAAUUUUUUGGAUGCCAAUUCGAUUUAAAUUGCGAUUCUACGAUAUCGAUUUUCUCGAGUUUAAGUCGGCAUUUUUAAACACCAGUGAAAGAGUUGAAUGAUUGUGAUUGUCUACUGACUAUUCCAGGAACCAUAUUUCCACAAAAAAUACAAAUCACAUGUCAGUCAGUUUUUAAGAUUUAUUCUUGAAUUUAAAAAAAAAAAAAGGAUUUUUGAACAGAAGGAUCGAUUUAAAAAUUGUAAAACAAAAAAUCGCGAUACUCAUGUGAAUCGAUUUUUUCUCCCACCCCUGGAGGUUAUGCUAUACUUUGUUAAAGCCAGUGCUGAAAUUUAUUUUUCUACCUUACAAAGAUUAUAUUUUGUGCUGCGUGACAUACUAUCGAUCUGCUUGAGAACCCAAGCUGAUAAUCCUCAAUUUAAUUAAACUUGUAAAAUAUUAUUUUACAUAAUUUGUUUAUCAUGUUAAUUCUACUUGCUUAAACAACUUACUCUAUUGAUUAAGUGAAUAUUUAUUUUAGUCAUAGGUUAUUUCAUUCUUUAGUAUUGCUCUGUAAGCUGUAUCUUGAAAAGUGGGGCAUGAGUAGAAACAGCUGUUGUCAUCAAUGUUACCCAAACAGUUCAUGAGUGAUCACAGAACAGCAGGCGACCCUGUCUGAGUCAGCAAAUUUACAACAAAGUUUUGUAGCCUGGUAAAGAAAAAAAAAAAUCUUCAAGGUGCAUCUGGUGCUUGGAAAACAUCCAGUGAGCAUUUUUUAAUUCGAGAAGUUUUACUGGGGACAAGAUGUCUGUUACACAAUACCCAUACAGCACCGACUGGAGCAAAAUCAGCUUCAGAUCAGUUUUGAUGACAAAAAUUUAUGUAAACACAAAGCUUGGACUUCAAUGAAAACUGACUACAAAGACAAGUUUCGCCUCCAGCAGAUAAAAAUGACAUCAGCCCUCAAGUUACUCGGCCUGAACAUCUGCUUUUCUGCAGAGCUGGUCAAAUAUUCAUAUGAGGCCAAACACAUUUGAGAGGAAAUUUACAGCUACAAGCAACCAGUCAUGUGCUGUUUAUCUGUCAAAUUUGAAAAUUCUGUUUUCAUAUGGUGAUAAAAUGGAAAACUGGAUUCUGUUGAAGACGCUGGUCUAAAAAGUACCCAAGAAAACGAGGACUUUUAUUUAAUGUGGGGAUUCUUGAACUCAGGAAUGAAGGGGAAAAUAAGCUGUGCUGCUUAAGAUUCAUAGGCUGUCAUAGCACUUGUUAUAAGCAAUAAAUCUCAGCAAUCAGUAGGUGUCGGAAAAAGGACUGAAACAUGUUCACCAAAUGAAAUCUAGUUCAUUUUUGAGGCAAACAGAAGACAAAGGAGAAGAAAAUUCAAACAAACCAAAAAUCUAAACAAAAGCACCUGCAGCACAGGCCCCACUUUGUUCUAGACACAACUGAACGAGGUUAAACCAGGACACUCAUGAAUGACUUCAUGAAUGACUUCAUGCUGAGACUACAUGCAAGUCAUAAAUGAAAAAAGAGCCAGAUUGUCAGUGUGGCAAAAAUAUUGCACAAUUUCCUGAUUUCUGCACAGAUUUUUAGUUGGUUUCUAAGAAGAAAGGAUUCUAGUGAUAAGUAAAAAAGUGCAAAAUGUGAAUCUGGAAGUUUUUUUUUAAUAAAAUGACACUGUGUGACCCAUAUCCACCAAUUAAAUCGGCUCCAUUUCCGGCAGUCCACACAGAAUCAGGUUGCGGUCUAGUUAUCAAAUUAAAAAAACCCAAAGCUCCUGGCUUACCGAGUAACGCAGCUGAGAGCUGAGAAUUUACCGUAAAUGCUCCAGUCCAUGUGCUCACUGGGGCCUUGGUUCAAAGCAAGGGCUUAAUGUAAUUCUCUGCCACAACAGGAUUUGUAUUAGUCCCAAAAGGGUCAGUGAGGUUAAGAGCCGUUAAGUAGUAGUGUUUAAAUCCUUUCUAAGCUCAGCCACCACAAUACAGGGCCCCCCACACCCCAUUGGACUCGUUUCACCUCAGGGUGUGAUUUGGACAACCCCGCGAAGGCAAAGGGGAAGGUUGCAGCGUACGCACGUGCUGGUCAGCAUUCUUCCACGAUCUCUUGCUAUGCUGAAUGACAUAAUGCAUAGUAUGACCAUUGAGUGGGGUAGUUUUAGAGGUUGUGCUUUGGUUUUGACUUAAUUGUUAGCCAAGCUUGUUUACUACAAGGGCCAACUUGGGUUACACAGACUCCAGGGACUUAACUGCUGUAUCAUUGGCUUCUCUGCUCACAGUGGGACAGCGUGUCAUUGAUAAGUGAAGGACUGCUGAAGGACCCUUUCUGAGGUAUCUACCUAAACUCGUUUCCCCUUUAAAAAAAAAAAAGGGCAACAUGAAUCCUAGUAGAGCUACCCAUUUCAAAAACUUUGCACAAAUAUUGACAAAAAAGCAUAAUCCUCAUUCAACAGUAUCUCCUGUUACAUAAGUACCAACAAAUCACAAUAUGAUUGAAAAUCCUUUUGCAAAGUUUUAGGGCCAGCAUUGCUGGUUUGAAACGAACUUGGUGCCGCACUGCAAAGCUGUUAGUGCGUCUUAAUUAGGAACAGAUUUACUCAAGAUGCAGAUUACAUCAGAGAUUGGCAUCCGUCAUGACAGGCAUGAUCACUGAGGUAACUGGGAUGGUGGCCUGGUUUACAGAUCUCUACCUUCAGGACGCUUACUGUGCAUUACUUGUAAUCACAGUGGAACGUGACAUAGUGCCCUGUUAAUACCGUCCCAAUUACAGGAGAUGAAAUGAAAAAGAGUUGAUGAAAAAAAUCUCUAUUUGUACUUAAAGAAACGAAUGAUAUGUUCAGAUCAGCUGGAAUUUUUGAAUUCAAUGAACUCUUUACAAAAACUUUUGCCACAAAGAUCUAACUGAUGCAAUGUGACUUUAUGAUGACGACAGGUACAACACUUUGAACUAUAUUAAAAUAUCUUUAACAACUAUGACAUGGAUUAAUGCCAAAAUUGGUUCAUAAGAGUGAAUCAUGACGAAUGGGGCUCUAAUCUGAAGUGAUCAACAACCUUCGCUGAGCGUGCUCCAGUACAGUAACACCACAUAGUUUAUGUGUCUGUCCAUCACUUUCAAGUCUAAGCUGCUCCAGUGGAUGGAAAUCUGUUCAAGGAUUGUAGGUCAGCUACUUCAGAGACUCUGAGUCAGCCUACAAUAAAAACAUGUUGAGGCUGAAUAACAACAUUAUCUCUGACCCUGACUAUGUUCACCACAGUGAAUAGGAAAUAUUAUCAAAUUAGAGAUACAGAGUCCCACAUUUUAAUAAUGUCAGACAGACACUCUUUUGUUCACCAGUUAAUUCCAGAUUUGAAUAUGGAGCUGAAUUACAGAUCCAAAGUAUGUUGGUGACCUCUAAAUAUGCUGUUUGGGGAUAGACAUGUGUUCAGUAUCUUGUCCCUUUAUGAUGCAGAGCAAAUUUCUGACAACAAAAUCAUAUCAUAUUCAUCCCCACCAUCAUACAAACUUCCUGCUUAUAUCUAUGCUUUGCAACCACAUUUUAAAUAGAGGGAAAAUGAAAAUUUGUUUUAAUAGUUCAAAUAAAAACAAAACUGAACUAACAACAAGACCUUGUAUGAAACAUUCUUCAAUAAUUCGCCCAGAUACACAUCUGUAAAAACUGCAGCUCUGAUAAAAGAUAUAGAUAAGUGACAAAGCUGAUCCUCAGACUCUGACUCUUUAGUCGUGUCUCUGCUAACACUACCCCAAGGCUAUCCUUUUUUACCCUAUUUGUGGUAAGUAUUUAAGCUUUGUCAGUUGUUCUUUUAGUUUGUUAGGAGAUUUAAAGCCUUUGGAGCUGCCUCUCAGAUUGAGUCUUGUAACAUUUCUGAACUACAUGGGUUGACAUGAAGCAGUUUUGACCUAUAUUGUCGGCUGAAAUUAUACCACUGAGGUUUUGGAUAAAUGUCAAAUGUUUGAAAAAGUGUCCAUCUUUGGAUAGUUCAUUUCAAAAAAACUUUGCCGACUUCUGGUCUGAACUGCAUCUCCUAUGGGGGUGAUUGUUUACCCAGUGCAGAUUUACCUUGGAUGAACCAAAGUAUUUGGCUGCGGGUAGACGUGGGCGAGAGAAGGAAAGAUAGAGAGACAAGGGGGAGAGAGAGACAGAGAGAGGGCGGGGGGGAGCAGAGAGAGGGAUAAAGGGUGGUAAAGCUACAGAAAGAGAGAGACAGAGACUGAGAUAGCACACAAGAGAGAGUGACCUGUGUGAGUGAUCUGAGAAGGCUGAGCAGCAAGAGGUUGAUUUAUAAUUAGAGUGUAUGUCUGCUCAAUACCCCUGCUGUUAUGGUGAUGGCUCCAUUGCAUAAAGAGGCGGCUCUGCUGCUGCUGCAAACUUAAUUUGAAUUGAUAAAUGCAUCUUCUAGCAUUUACCAAAAGCCACGUAUGCCAGCAUAGAAGAUUUAUACAAGAUAACCAUCUUUGGAUGUACUUUUUUGGUUGCUGCAGUCACUUGAAGGCCUGACACAUCAGAAUUAACUUGUUUUAAAGGAUUUUUAAUCUGUGUAUGACGUAGAUUUAUAAUCACAGAUUAAAGCACAACAAACUUGGAACAAGCCGGAUCUCCAAAUGCACUAGAAAUUCAGUGAUCUUGUUAAAAAAAAAAAAAGUGAGUUUAAUCCUUUAUUUAUGUAAUGUAUUUGGACACAUUCUGCUGUUGAGAAGUUUUUCUUAGGUCACAUAUCAUCUGGCAAUGGAAAUGCAACUGUUAUCCCUAAUGCUGCCUGGUCUUGGGAGUUUAAAAAAGUUACGCAGAGUUUACACGGCAAAAAGCUGAUGAUUUACCAUUUGUUAAGACAAAAGUGGGAAACUAGAGUACAUUCCCGUAAACACGUUUCCCCUGAACAAUGAUGACCAAAAUUUGAAGUAGUACACAGGUAGUACACAAAUGGAACUUUGUGACCAAUGCGGAGCCACUGCGAUAGUGCUAUCUUUCCAUUUAAAUUAAGACUAUAAGUAUGCCAUUUGGACAGAUAAUCCUUUUUUCUGAUCCAUUUUUUUACCCUUCCAACCCCGCAUACAGUAAAUGAAUAUCAUGUCUGCACUUAAGUUGCACAUUUGUAUUACAAUUCAUGUUUGUACUUGGCAAAAUAUGAUGUUGAGUUUAUUAAAACACCUCAGAAAAUUGUAUAUACCAAGUCAUUUUUGUCAUGUCUGAGACACCACUUGACAGUUUUGAAGCAAAACAAAAUAUCCUUCAGCAAAGAAAAAAACAACUUCAAAAGAGUGUUUAAGAAAUAAUGACUUAACUAUUGACCAAGAUCUGGAGUAAAAUCAAAACACCUAAUUUAAUGUUGGCUUAAAAGAAACAAACAAAACAAAGAUGAUCACCUCAGGGCUGUUUGCGUUGCCAGCCGAUCAGACUGAAAGUUAACAUCCAUUAGUUUUAAUCACAGAGACAAAUACAUUCUGCUCAAAACCAAAACACAACUGCAUAACUACAGCAACAUAAAAAAGAGAGAUUGCAAUUCAAUCAUCUGCAGUUGGGAAAGAGUAAAGAACAUCUCUCUGUGUGUGUCUUAGCAUGGCAUGCCUCGGUUUGUGGGUCCUUCUCACGCAGCAGAACUUUCAGGUACGCUUACACAAGGGCAGAAUGUCUAUUAACCAAGUGUGGAUGGCAUCGCUCUUUCCGGCAGGUGAAACACUUGAAAACAAACCAGAUGUAAGAAUACUCAUGCCAGGGCUUGCUGAGAUGUUUGUACAGUGGGAUGGCCAUGAAGUAACAGUGAUUUUGACCAGAAAAAUCCAAGCAGAUGGACUGAUCUCCUGAAACAAUCAUGACUCGCUCUUUGGCUCUUAGACAGGCACAGAGGCAUGUUUUUGAGCAUUACAAUAAAUCCAUCGGAUAGUUUAUUUACACCAUAGGUUCAGAAAAGUCAUGAUGUAGUCAGCAAAGAUGGAUGACCGAAUACUCCACAAUCCUUUGAGAAGUCCAAUCCCCCCUUUAAAUCUAGAAAGAAAGAAAAAAAAAGCUACUCCUGCUAAAACUUCUUGGCACAACAUGACAGCGCCCUCUGCAGGGCAGAAUACUCAACAGCUCCAUUUCUUGUUAAGCCAAAAUAUAUUUUUCUGAACUACGGUGUAUACAAGAAUUAAGUUAAUUAUAGAUAUGUCAUAGAUGACGUAGUUGUGGAAACUGAUUCAAUUACUGUAGUUGGAUGAUAUUGGCUGGAAAUUCAUCUUUUCGAUAUUUAUCUUGCAUCCCCAAAAUAUUAAACUGUAAACUAUCUGGUCCCAACCCCUGGACUAUAUAUAGAGACUAACCAGAAUUUUUGAAAAGUCCUAAACAGCAUGGACAGCUGAUACACACACUGUCAAAGGCAUAUCAAAUCAAUUCUAUCAGCUGGUCAACAUAAAUCAGCAGUUUGGCAUGCUUCAAAUAACUUGUACUUGUUUUUUCAUGCAAGUAUACACCAUUAGGUUGGUUAAUUUGAGGCAGUGUUUCACGGAAAAAGGCAAAAGGAAUCAAUCUGGAGGCCCGCUGAAGAUUAAGUGGUCUACAUUUGACAAUUUUCUGGACCAACAUGUAGGGCGGACUAACUGUGUACUCCAUAGAGCAACACCACAAGCAUGUCCGUAACACUAACAUGUAAUAUUGUGUUUAACUAAAACAUAACAUCAAGGCAAACAUAUUAGGAGUUAAAUAUAAUUUCCAACUUGCCUAGUUUACAAAUGCACCACUGAAGUCACUUUCAACCUUUUAUCCAUUUCAAACAUGCAUACGGUAUCAAUGAUGGUGGUGCAGACAUUAAAUGAGCACACCUGGAGACAGCAAACACCCAAGCUUAAGCUCACAGCACUAUAUCCAACAGCUGUCGAAGAACAUGCUGAAUUUUAUGGGGAGUUUAUGGCCAGUUUUGUUCAUUAUGUUGACAUCGACAUUAAAAAAUACUAAUGAGUAUAAGCUAAGCUGUCGAGGGAAUGCUGUCAUGAAUUUUCCAGCCUCUAUACCACCCAAGAGGUUUGUUUGUCUGUUGCAAUCUUUUUUCUGAACUGGUUCCAAAACUAAAACUGCCAGUCAAACUUAAGUAAUCAUAAUGCCUUUCUGUACGUUCUUGUUAGAGUUAGGGCAAAACUUCAACAUGUAAACACUGGAAGUAUAAGAUCUUCUCUGUGAUUAAGGACAUGAGAGUAGACUGCUUCAGGGAUUUACAGUAAAGAAUGUGUGCAUCUGUGCCAUCUCAAAAGUGAUCUUCAAAAAGGUACAUAAACAUUUAAUAACUAUAUGCAAGAGUAAAAAUGACAGUUGGUGAUAAAUCAACUUUACAUCCUCUCCAUCAUUAGUUGCCUCAAAUCGGAUUUGAAUCUCCAGGAUAUUUUGCUCAUAAAAGAAAAUGGUACCCUUUUGCACCUAAUAAAAGAAACACAAAUUAACCCACAUCCUCAUUUUCUGGAAGAAAAUGCAGGUUACAGAAGGGUAUCAAAUACUUCAACCACCCUGGCUUCCAGUACCAACUUUCACACCCAACUUAAUUUAUCUGUAUGUCACAGCAUGUAGGAUAACGACGUAUAUAAUUCUGCAAACAUGGUCAUUACUAAGGUGUCAGCAUGAACAUCUUGCCCUAUCAUCAAUGUAAUAAUCAAAGCUCGUGCAAUUAACCCCCCACAUUCAGGUGUUAUUCAUAAAGCUGUAUGCAUCAACAUUGCGCACCCUCAGGUGUUUGCAGCGUAGAUACCUUGCAGAUGAUAUGAUUAUAGAUUUCAACUUUUUUGAUUGCUAGCUGGGAGUUACCUUUUUACAUUAAACCUAACAACAGAGAGCAAUGCAAAAGAUGUGUAAGACACAUGAAUGUAGAUGAAAACAUAUUUUCAAAAACUGAAACAUAUGAGCCAUAUGAAGGAAUCAGAAGAGGACAUGAUUGUAAUAAAAAGGAAAUGUCAGAAAAACAGCUUGAAGCCUAUGUCAGAUAUUCAGUAGUCUGUUUGUUCAGUGAUUUCUCAUAGACAGCUUGAUUUAAAUGUGGUAAACAGAAGGAUAACUUUGAACAGAAAGAUGUGUGUUAAUUUCUAUUUGAUAAAACACAGAGUUUUGAAGCUCAGAUAAUGAUAUAAGCGCAAGGAGUUUCAACUGCAUUAUAAUGUAACAAUAUAAUAGUAUUCCCAUGAUGAUGGUAAUUAGUGUGUGAGGAUGAGACUGGAGCCGGUGACGUCAAUGGCAGCAACUCGGGAACAAAGACGUCAUUUUCUCAGAACCAAGAUUUAAUAUUCUCUCUCUCCAGUUAAAUUUGAGCUAAUUAUUGUUAUGUCCCAAUAGUUCACUACAACCAGUUGUCUAUUCAACUGUGACUUUUUUAAAUAGGGCCUUAAGAUUUAAGACUGAGAUUAAUUCCAUUGUCAAGUUUAGGAGGAGCAAUUUACAAACUACCAACACCAUAUUCAAUAGUGCAGGUUUUUUCAGCAAGAAUCAAAGCAGAACUUUUCUGUGGAGAUGGUGCACCAGUUUUGCAUAUAAAUGAACAAAGUUACUCUGAGGGCUACUUACUCCAACAGAAAAAGUUAUUAUGGAUGAUUUGGUAAUUUUUGAGAUAAUUACUCAUCAUCAUCCCAUUUUAAGGCAGACCAGCUGCAAUUAUAGGCUGAUUUUUGCAUGUUGAUAUUAUAGAGUUCUGCUCUGAGCGUUGAUAUUGUGGUGGUUAAUUGGCAUAUAGACCUAGGAGUCUUAGAAAUCCUUGUACAGGCAUUAAAGUAACGAUUCUGAAAAUAAUGAGUCAUCUCUUAAUUCCUGUUACAGAUUGUGAGUUACUCAAACCCAUACCAAAGCAGUCUUACAAUCUAUUUAUGCGUAUUUGUUGGGGUCUUGCAUCUCUAUGGCCUCUUUUGCUGCAAAUCAAAAAGCAUAAGAAAUGUUGUACUGGUUGCCUUUAAACAUCACACACACACACACACAAUACCAGGAAAUAUGCCUCCAAUUCUCUUUGUUCAAGUCCAAAUGCUAAAACUUCAGGUUGUUUCAUGUCCAUAAACCCACUGAGGGAGAUGCAAAACAAAAGCUUAGGGCUUUGUUUGUUUUGAGUUUGUUGAAGGCAUUCACAGGUCAGUUUUUAAGUGCAUGAAAUAAAACUGAACAUAAUGCUAUCUGAGAACAAAGAACACCAGCCACUAUUUAUUCCCAAAACGUUACCAAGUUUCAGACUGCUAGAUAUCACUAAAUACUUCAAUAUCUGCACACUGCACCCUUUAGAUUAUCUGAAAAUAGUUUCCAAGUCCAUCUUUCCGAGGGCAUGUCAGAGCUUUAUUGCCUCAAGUUUUUGGCAACCAAAAAGUCACAUUACUUAGAUUUCAGAAAUAGAAGCAAGCAAUCUCGGGACUUUUUAUCACCGUGGGAACAUCUAUGAUGUUUCAGUGUCUCUUAGAAGCACCCUGGGAGGCUAAAAUUAUCUAGUUUUUCCAUUUUUAGAAUAGCUGUGAAAAGCUCAUUGGAAAUUUUUUAAAAUUGGGGUGCUUCUCCAACCAGACUUGAGGCAUUGUGUGUUAAAUUUAGUAUCAUAAAUAGCUGCUAAAGUAACACUCUUUUGACACUGACUGGAUUUACUGGCUGUUUAAAUAUAAAAACAGUAGAACCAACUCUUCUAUAGCAAACAACAAACAGCAAGCAACCACUCUGGAGAAAUAAUGAUAAGGUAAAACCAUGUGUAAACAAGUAGGUCAGCAGUACCAACAUUAAAUGAAUGCACCAAGGAAAGUGGGCAAGAAAGAGUGGAAGGAGACAUGGGUUGAGAACCACUACCUCAACAGAAAUAUCAAAAUAAAACAAUAAAAAAAUUAUAAUAAUUAUUAAAAAAAAAAAUGCUUUUAGGGGCCCUGAGAGUUGUCUACAGGGGGGGCAAGUGACCCACAAAAAAACCUACUACAGGCCAAAACCGCCAUGCAACCAGGCCGAAAAUGCCAUGCAACACUACCCAAAUAUUUAUAAGCAGCAAUAAGCAACAUAAUAACACCAUUUCUUUGGAAAGACAACAGCGUCGCACAGAAAGUCUGAGCAUAAAGAUAAGCAUGGGUAAGAAGCAGUUACUCAGCUAGUUUGUUGACGUGAAGCAGUGCGUCGGCGGCCCAGCGGACAGUGUAGGAAGUCUCUCCCCUCUCAGGUGUCUUUGGUUCUUGGUCAACAGCUUGUAGAAAGGGCGUUUGGGGUCAGCAGCUGAUGUGGGGAAACUACCAAUAUCACAGAGGGGCAGCUAAGUCGCAGCAGGGGAGCACAAAAAUGACAAUUUUCGACAACAACUUCCUGAAUCGUCCAUUUCAACAUUCGCCAGGUGAGCGCAAAUAAGACGCAGAGCGCAGUGCAGCCGCGCGCGAGCAAAAACCGCGACAGUUUAAAAGUUAGGGGGCGUGAGAAGGAAAACACCCGGAUGUGAGGUUGUUUGCACACCUUGAAGAGAAAUACUUAGAGGUCUACAUAAUUUAGUCUUUAUAGGUUAAUAAUUAAUUUUUCAGUUGCACGUUGAUACUUGUGUGUAAUCACCUAAAUGUAAACACUGGUUUGUUUGUGUCGACUUUGAAUGGGCUUUUUCUAUCUAAACAUGGACAGACCAUAGGGGAGUGUGGGGUAAGUUGAGCCACCCCCUGUUGCUUGGAAAUGGUAAAAGAAAUGGAUCAUGUGACCAAAUAUUUCGGAGAUGGGCAUCAAUUCAUGGAGUCUGUGAAGGUUAGAAGCACAUGGGUAAAGAGGUUAGACAUUUAUUUACAAAAAAAAAACAAAAACCUUUUUCACUCUUCAAAGUGAAUUUAAUCUGUCCUAAAUUUUAUUAGAAUUGUGUUCAGACCAAAAAAGAUCAUUUAAAAUCUGUUUUAUACAUCAAUUGUGGUAUUUAUGAACUACAACAUGAGGUCAAAACCAAGCAUAAAACUCCACCAUUUUAGCUUAGAGGACUAAUAAAGUCAUAAUAGUAGUUCAGGGGUAAGUUGAGCCAGUGGUUCAACUGAGAAAGUAAAGGAGUUUGAUGAGAGGAUCAGAGUUUCAGUUCAGAUUGUUGAAAUGUGUUACUUUGUCUUUUCAAAAAUACAGCUGUGAAUGUUCUGAAUCACUUAAAGGCAUUCUCGUGUUAAAAUGGAUUUUUACAAAACAGCUUUUUAGCAGUUAUAUGCAAUAACAAUAAAAAGAAUUAUCCUACAAGUUGAAUAGGGUAUAAUAGAUAAAGAUACACAUGAAUGUGAAGAAGUGACUGUUAUUUAGGGAGAGAGAAGGUGAGGGAGGGCUGGGGUGGAGAGUGGGGGGUAGUUGGGAUACGGCUCAACUUACCCCACUCCUAUGGUCAACUUGCCCCAUACAUAGGGUAAGUUAACUAUGAUUGCCUUGAUGUAGUGAUCCAAAAUAUGAAAAAUGGCUCAUCGUACCCCACUCCCCCCAAUUCCUCAGAGGCAUCCAACUUGCACAAAGCUAUGUUUCUUAGCUUUUAGUAGAAGGCAGAUCAUAGCACAGUUGGAGUUUAUGUGAGUAUGGACAAAAAAAACUUGGCAGUUCUGCUGGUGUACAAACUGUAGUAGGCCUCGUGGGUCCCCCAUAUUGAAUAGGUCUGAGUGUGUCUUUAGUGGUUGUUUUGAAAUGUUUUCUUCUUUUUUUAGGUUUUGGCUUAGUAUGGAUGACUGGCUUGAUCUUUUUCUGGCUGCGUCAGCUCCUUUAUCUCGCACCUUUGACCUCAGCUUGUUGGCUUUCUUCCUUGAUUGCAUUGCUGUUUAUUGGAUCGCUGGUGGAUUUCCUAUUGAUGGAUUAUACUCGUAUUCUGGUUGAUGUUUUUAACUUUUAUUAUUUCGUCUUUUAAGGGUGGCACUGAAGACCAAAGCAAGGCAAGAGCUGGCUUGCUGUACAGCUGACAUUUUAUUUACAUACUCUGUAUCACUUUGAUUUUUUUCUAGUGUAUUUGAAGACAUGUGCAACAUGUGAUGUGGAUUUAUGUUGCCAUCCAGGUUUUUUUAUCUUUGACUUCUCCUUCAUUUCAAUUUGCAUGGGGAAUACAUGCAACUUUGAGUGGAAUACAAAACAGCAGUAAAAUUAAAUUAUUCAAGGGAGACAUAAUCCCUCAUAUUUCGGCUGAUUUUAUCGAGCGAUGGUUAAAAACAAAAACAAUAACACAAAAAUGCACUUAACCAUGCCUUCCUGUAUGGUAGAACUGGCUCUGCUAUCAGUUGUUUUCAAACCUCUACAUACCUGAUUGGAGAUAAAGGGAAAAGUCAUGUCAUUUGAAAAUGAGGAAUGAGCUCUCCUCCUUUCCCAUAAAACGAGAGAGUCGCAGGGCUCGGCAGAGGCCAAGAGCGUCUCUGAAACAGCUGAUUAGAUUACCCCGCUGAGGCUGUGGUUAGGUUUUAGGCUGCGCCUGCUACCGCCGACACUCACCUCAGCUGCCCUCUCUUCUGUCUCUCAUCUUCCCUUCAUCCCAGGCUCACAGUCUGGCCCUUGCAGAGUAACAACUCCCCCUGUAGGAUCAAGCCAGGACUUCAACUUGAAAACCUCAAAUGCCUGGCUGCAGCUUGGGAAGUCUUUUGAGGUGAGCAGACUGCUGCGGCACAUGUUUUGAGUGGAUUAUUUUUUUGAUUUCCUUUCAUUUUGGAAGAAAAAGAAUCAUGAAUACAGGAGUGGGUGUAAGACUACUUAAGAGACAGAUGGUGCAAGUCCUUGACUUCUAUUGUUACAGUCUCUCUAAGUAAAAACUCAUGCAGAACAUAACAGUUUUACGGAAAGACAAGCUUGCCUAUAGAGACCACAGGCCAGUUCUGAUUCACUGUGCAGAGACAAACUUUUCAAAAAUCCUGCAGAUCUGGUAAGUGUAAGGAAGAGCUGGAAUGGAAAGUAGAUCAAUAUAUCAUUCAACAUGUAUUAAAACAAGCAUAAUAUCUGACAGAUAGUAUAGAGCUUUUUUUCCCCCUCAGAGCAUAUUAAUGCACUGUGUUUCAGCAGCUGUCCAUGUGCAUUGUCAGUGAAUGAAAUUUCAUUUUGAGAAAUUAAAGUGCCUGUGUGUGUCUUUUAGAGUGACUCACGUCCUUUUUCAGUAACAAUUGAAUUUAAGAAAUGGCAGGUGAGCAGAGUCUAGGUAUCAAAGAUGAGCCAGCUCAUACAUUAUUCAGUCAUCAAGACAUUCAGUGCGUAACUAUUUCUUUAUUGCACCAACAUUUUCUCUUUCAGAUAUCAUCUCCUGUGAAGCCUGUUGUCAAAAAAAUACAGAGGUAGCCAAAACCCGCAGGCUUGUCGGAUUGUGGAAUGAAAAGCUGGAAUUUAUCUGCAUCAAUUGUGAAACAUCCCUGUCAACUCGAAACAUCCUUCACCUUUACAUGGAACUGUUUCACAAAAAAAGUUUUAAAAGAUUUACAAGGUGAAUUCAGUUGAUGGUCUAUGGACAUUCAUAUUAAUGUAAACCAAAGCAACAGUAUAGCUCCUACUUGCAUCCAAUAAAACAAAGAUUUACUGUUCUUUGUUAUUUAUUCGUCUUUUUAUGUCCUCUGCAAUUUGGGAAACAUUUGAUGUGUUGUCAUGACAAAACUUUUCUGGUGAUACCUACUGAAACAAAGGCAGAAUGGCAUAGAUAGAAAAUCAGCAAUGUAUACUUGUUGAUAAUACCUGUUUAAUGGAUAGAGUGCAGCCUUACUUCAGCCAACUAAUUAGAGUAAACAAGACCUUAAAACCAAUUACAGUAUUAAACAGCUUACUGAAGUGAAGCACUGAGGCCCUGAGCUACUAACGUGACAUCGACAGACAAAUAAUCACCUUUUAUCAAAUUUGUGCUCACAGGGUGCACAGCGCAGUGAGGGUAGAAUCCAGUGAAAGAAUUAGAAAAGAAAAUAUAUGCGUUUUAUAGACUAGUCUGUGGCUCUGGGUGUAUUGUAAUAAACAACAAGGCAUAAAGAAAGACAAUCUUGCACUUAAGAACCUGAAUCAGACUCAAGGUGCCAACAAAAUUAAAGCAACAAAUCGUAACUCUCACCAUAAUUCGAGCAGCAGAUUCUGCAUUGAUUAUAAAAAUUGUCAUUUAAAUUUCUUUUUUGAUUCUUAAAAAUUUUAGGUCAGCUGUAGCCCAGCUUAAACUGCAUGCAUGUCUGUGUAAACGGGACUGGAAUAAGUCUAGGUCAUGUGGCGCUUAUUUUACCUCCACUGCAAACAUCACAACCUUCACCUUGUGCCGUUAAUUCCAGCAGAUUUAGAUCAUUUCCCAAGUAAAACUGCACUUGGAAAUUACACGCAUGAUUCCCAAUGUAAAUAGUGGAAUUAAACUUUGACUGCGCCUCUUCCUGUUAAUUUCGCAAUCUUCUCAAAUGUCCGUGCUAUAAAUACAACAUUUAAUAACUGAGAACAGAGAAAACAACACAGCCUCUAGACUGUAAAACACAAGGAGAAAAAGGCUAAACAAGAUAAGUAAAUAAGUGUCAUAAAUCAAAGGUAGUUUUAAGCCAAAGCAUUAUGCAUUGAUAUAUAGGUAGGUGGCAGGGGGCGAAACAUUUCGUCUGUUCGCUGGCUGUUGCAGUUACUGGCAGACUGUGAUGUUUCAGAUGGUGGCAGGUUUCCCUUCCAGCAGUCUGUCAGUGUUGGCUCUGAGCCACCUGUGAGUCAGGUAGGGCAAGUGAGGACAGCUUGGCAACAAUACACUGCGAUACACGAGCCCAGGAGAUGUUGUGGGAUUUGAGAGAGCAGGCCACUAUCUGACCUGGUUCAGUGAGAAUUUAUAUCUGUGUUGCCUUUUUCUCUCAAACAUUACAGGUUUAACAAAAUCAGCUGAUGUAAUGCAAAAUCCCCUGAAGAUAGAAGUUUUAUUUUUUGGUAGCCUUUAUGUCGUUUCAGCUUAUCAAUAAGUACAGAAAGAAAUGUUGUCCUUUACACCUUUGAUUACUUCAGUAGUAUUGGUGAGUCGAAGAAUUUCUCAGCCUGCUGUCCUGGGUUCAAAUGGAAAUCUUUUUAUUCUUGAAAAUGAAUCUAACAGCAUAUUAUUUAUCGUCAAAGAUAGUCUAACACUCUGACAACCAACCACAUCAAGUUUUAGUCAAAAUGCUUUUUUUUCCAUUUGGUAAGUGACACCAAAUUAGGUUUAAAUCAGUAACAACUAUGUACGCUCAUCUCUGCAUUUGUUUGUCUGUUUGAGUUGUUCUCUGUAAUCCCAAAAAAGGAAGGUAUUUAGUGUUUUAAAAAAGCAGAGCUUGUAAAGAGCCUAUAAAACUUCUUCUUUUGAGGGAGUCUGUGUGUUUCAUUAAAAACUGGCGAACUUAAAAGACUUGAUAUUCACCAUCUUGCGAGACCUUUAAUCUUAAAAAUCUUGGUUCAAAAUAUCUGCAAUGAUUCUAAACUUUCCCAUUUAAAAAAGCAAACACUGAAAGCCUCUUAAGUAUAAAAGUUUGUGAAAAAGGGACAAAUUUCGAGUUCGCUUGAUAACGACUGAGACCCGAGCCGAGGUCAACCUCUGAUUAAGCAUGUGCUAUUGGAGGUCCAACUGUGUCUUUACAGAAGUUUGUGAAAAAGACAAAACAAAAAAGCAGGCUUCGCUACUGAGAACACGUUGUAUCCUAAUAACAGCUGAGAUCCAAGUGGAGGUCUAACUUCCAACUGUGCCUGCACUUGCAUUGUCACAGCCUGGAAAAUAUAUGGUCAGCUAAAGAAAAAAUAUAAAGUUUAUAGCAGAAAAGUGCCAUAAUUCAGAAGUAUAUGCAAAGAAUGAUACAUGUUUGUCUGUGAGACCUGUAAUGCCAGUAAAAAUGAAAAUAAGCUUACUAAUGGAACAUUUAAUACCUUAAAGCUGCUGAGGGACUUUUGGUUUCUGUUGAUUUUGGUGCCUCCCUGUGGGCGAAGAUAGCACCUUGUGGCUUUGCUGAUCAUGUUCUGCACUGACAAAGUUUUUCCUGACUGAAACACUUUUUUCUGUAAGUUAAAUACAGUAUGUCGACAUUGUGAAUGUUGUCUUUAAUAGUCCUAAAGAGGAAUUAGUUUCAGUCUAUUCCACACUCAGUAAAAAAAUUCCUGACAGUGGCUUUGAGUGGGAUUUAUUUAGCUUCUGCAUGAUCGAGACAAACAUUUUGGCAACAUGGUCAUUAGCAGAGAAACUGACAUUCCACGUAGAGGCCUCUCUUUAUGAGUGAUCUAUUAAUGAGGAUGCUUGAAAAAGCCCCAAACAGACACACUUCAAUAAGUAACCAGAGUGACGUCCUGCGGACUGCGGGUUCGUUUCGGGUCAUGGUUAAUAUGUGGAAAGACAGAGAGGGAGGACUUGCUUUGAUAGUCUUCAUUAUUACUGAGGACACAGAACAUCAAAGCAGCUAUUUGAGCUGCAGCUCUAUUACACUUGAUUUACAGCCCGGCUGUGCUGUUGGAGAACGUGGUGUCACAAUACACUCGUUGUUUACUUUUAUCACAUAAAAUUUGAUUCCCCACAUUAAGCAUGGAGUUCUGGAUACUGUUUGACAGCAGUUCCCCUCAGACUAAAAGCAGAUAUACACGUAACAGUGAGAUGUUUUUAUGCCUCAAGAUGUUUUCCUGUCAACACUCAUCGUUUUGAAUUGUGUACAUAUUCUCUCUGCUGCUUUGGGCCUUUUUGAUUAAAGUUUGUAGCUUUUUAAUUCAAGUUUUCAUGUUGUUUGCAUGCAAUUUUCAUGCUUCCUUUAAACUCCAAUGAGUACACAGUUAUUAAAUUGGUAACGUGAAAACAGCUUUACUAAAAGAAAACUUCAAUCUUUGGAUCAAAUUUAGAAAGGGAAAAGUUUGUAAUUGUAUGUCAUUUGGAUCAGCGUUCAUCCCUGCACUUCCUUAAAACACAGUUUAACCAUUUUAAGACUGAAUUAUUCCCUACAGCUUGUUUUUAUUUAGAACAGUUAUAUACAGAACUCAUGUUAGAUUUUAACAGUGAUACUUCUAGCCGGCUGUGUAUUUCAGGGUUGUUGUGUCAACUCAGGACAAGGCAACAGAUCCUGUAGAUACGUCUCAGAGGAACAACAAAAGUCUAAAUUCCCCGAACUAGUCCACUUCCAAAAAAAAAAAACCCACACUUGUUUACAAUUGGCCUUACGCUUGUCAAUCCUGUGUGGCUCCCAGCUUCACCUUUACCUUGUGUAACAUCCAGAUUUAAUACUCUUCAAACUGGGAGAUAAGCUACAACAGCCAACUGUUGCAGAAAUAUCAGGACAGCAUCAAAAACAGAGUCACUCUCAUCACUAAAACAGGAAGUAAUCCAUAAAGCACGUGUUGUCACAAAAAAAAGAGAUCUUUUUUUUCCUCCUCUUCAGAGAAAAACUUAAUUCCUCCACUUUCGCAGUGUAGGAGCUUUCAGUGCCCACUCAAAUGUAAUCUGCCUCCUGCUAGAGUAUGAGAGACUCUCUAUAUCGAUAAAUGAAAAUGAACAGCCUGGCUGUGUUUGUGCUGAUGUUUGGAGUGUGUCCUGUGCCUUUUUGCUCAUAUAAUACUCUCUAAAUUAAAGGCUGACUGAGAGGAUAUGUAGUAUUUAAUGUACAACUGCAAUAAAUCCAUCGGGGUUGAUAUGCCAGUUUAUUAACCACUGAACUGUUGUCUUCAAGAAGCAGUUCAGAUUAUCGCCUCAGAUGUAAGGUAUAUGUGUGUCUGUAACCUAAGAUUAUUUCUAAGAUAUCAAAUUUCACUUGUGUGUAAUCUGUUGUUGUGAGACAUUUGUUUGAAUUUUAAUCAAACUUCUUUGUUGGUUUAUGGCUUUCUAUAUCUAAACUCUUCAACUGCUUUGUUUAUAUCUUCUUAUUCACUAUUUCUUAUUGUUAAGCACUUUGUAACGUUUCUGAAAAGUUUAAUUCCAAUAAAAUGAUCAUUAUAUUAAUGAUUCUCACAUCAGAGAAUAAAAAUUUAACAUUAUAGUUUAUCCAUAUCCUCAUUUAUCUGAUUUCAAUGGUUCAUUAAUGUAAAUUAUAAGUAAAUUAUAAUAACUGAGAAUGUGCUGCUGUUAUUUUUUUUUUUCAAUAAGUAAAUUUGCUUCUUAAAGUCAAAUAUAAUUUUUCAAUAUAGUUGUGGGGUUAACCACUGGUUUACUCAUCAGACACACACCUCACUGCUUUAAAAGUGUGUUAGUUUGUUUUCCUCAAAAACAGAUUGUUGUCAUUUUGUGUUUUGUUUAAGUGUAAGUGACCAAUUAUUACAUUCAUAUGGGCUUCAGGGCCGCUUGAUUCUACUAGGCAAGAGAUGAGAUAGUUAAAUUCUGCAGGGUAAACAUGUUUGAGUAACAGACUGUGAUUUUCCUCUUUACAGGUAUCUAGCUCCCCCUGGUGUUCACAGCAGUCCAUUUCUAACCAAGAUGCAAUAACCACGAUGGGGAUUCUCCACUUGUUUAGUACCCUUGAUGCAAAAAAAGUCGCCCCAGUCUCCCUAUUGGAGGAAAUGUCCCCCUCAGUCAAGUAAAGCCAAAAUGGAUGCAUGGUUGUAAAUAUAUAUUCAAAUAAUCUCUUUAUUCAUUCUAUAUAGUUGUACACCACUAAAGACAGUGAUAGGAGCACACAACGGGCAUGAACAUUUGUCAGUAAUAUAGAGGAGGAGGAAACUGCAGAUUUUGAUCAUAAAAAUAAGAACAUCUUCUAAAUCCUGGUGUUGCUGAAAGUACAUCAAAAACACAGGAGAAAUAAGACGGUAUGUGCCAGAUUGACUUCUUUUACUUGCUAUUGAUGUUUUUAUUCUGUACAGAGGGACAAUUUGUACAAAAUUAAUCUAGAUAUAUAACACUACAUGAAACAAGGUAAAUCAUAUAUACAAUAUUAAAUGAAUCAUAUAGUACAGGUCACAUACAAAAGGACACUUUAAGUUAUCAUGUUUUGGAAAUAUGUUAAAAUUAAAGAUCUGCAAAGAUCUUGCAGAAUGAGAACAAGCCACCAAAUCAUGUCUAAAUCAUCGCUUCUUAUCACGGACGACUUGUUUUUUCAGCACUAAAAUAAACCUCAAACAUCUCAGCUUAAACUAAAAAAACUAAAAAAAAAAUCAUAGAACAUCUCUCCCAGCAAGCAGGACUGUUUCAUAAAUGCAACAACCUCGACAACAGAAAUCAGUCAGUUUGGUGAAUGGCAUUCCUCCAGGGUAAAAGGUACAUGUUUAACAUGGUAGUUUAAAUUUACAUCUUUUUGCAUUCAAGCAAAUACAGUAUUAAUACAGUUAACAAGCCAAGUCACAAGUCUUUUUGUUUAUUUUCAGCAUCUGGCAUUUUUGUGGCCAUUUGAUACCAGUGUGUUUUAAUGUUGGGCAUCCUGAAAAGCCAGAAACUAAAAGUCCAGAAUCUGACAGCCACGCAACGAACCUCCAGAGACAAGACAAAGAAAUACAACACGCCAAAUAUGAAGGAUGUGGCAGACCUACCUCUUCAGUUUAAACAAUGGUACUGACUGGAAGAUAUUUUCCAACACUGAAAAACUUCCUUAGGAGAAUACAAUUUACAAAAAACCCGCAAACCAAACACAUGAAAGAAGGAUGGUAACAACAGAAACAUGCCAACCUUUAACUUAAAGGAUUUUUUGGUAGCUUUCGUCAAUAUACUCUGCGCAUUAAUCGUAUGUCAUCUGUGGGUAUGUUAAAAACUACUAAAGUCACCAGCUCUUAUGUUUGAAAAUAAAUUAAAUCCUAUUUUUUUAAUAAGACGGUUUUAAAAGAUGAGUGCUAAAAACCAUCAGCCAGUGGCGUUUUUAGCUAGAAAACGCUCUCUUCUAUUCAACAUGAACUAAUUUGUGAUUAUAUUUUCUUUAUAUAGAUAAUCAUUCCUAUUCAUUUUACAGUUUACAUAAAAAUCCGCUUCUCAGCCACCCCUCCGUCCUUACACAGCCAGUUUGUGCGACUCGCUUCACCCAGGUAUCAAAAACAAGAACUUGAAUCAGGGGAGUAA